AUGCAGCCUACGGAGAUCCUCGCCAUCUUGGCGGGAACAUACCAGCUUCUCAACACCUCAGCUACACGUGAUGGAGUCGCUGUGCCAGACCGAACAUACGGUUCCAACCCCGUCGGCAUCCUCUCCUACAGCAAGUCCGGCUUCAUGUCCGCAACGAUCACAUCAACAGACCCCGAAGACCGGCCCGCGAACUUAACAUUUCCCUUCGAAGAUUCACAAUCAGACGCCGACUGGGCCCUUGUUGGCAAGCACAGCAUCGGUUAUGCCGGGCCGCUCAGAAUCAGCGAUGCAUUCCCCGCGAACGCGACCUUCGGCCAAGUCAUCCACGGACCCUUGACCGUCGCCAACGUCCCAUCUAUGGCCGGGGGCAGCCAAGCGCGCAACUACACACUCUAUGAGGAUGGAAAGAUUCUGCGCAUCUCUUCACAACGAGACGGCAGCAAUCGCGGAGAGCUUUGGUGGAAGAGGCUGGACUAA